AUGCGUUUCUCAGCCCUUCUUUCCGCCUUUCUGCUUUCCAGCGCCUCGCUGGCCACCCCGACCCAAGCGUCCUCAGCACUGGGUAAUGCUCCGACGCAGGGGAGUGCUCCGGCAGAAGAGCACUCUAUUGCUCAUGUUCCCCCAACAACACCGGAGCCGACUGCGCAAUCGAGUGGCAAUUCCGAGGCCGACGUCAGAAUAAACAGCCAGCAGGACGAGAAUGCCGACGCCGAAGAUGAGCAGGAAACUGCCAAUGUCAACAACCAGCAGACGUCUGCCGAAGUUCCUCCCCAGUCAAACGCCGCGCCGCAACCAUCCGCAAGCCAAGACGACGACGCUCAGCCCAGUGAGAAUGCCGCGGCACAAUCUACUGACAGCUCGUCUGCCUCCGCCGGCAGUGGAGGUUUCCUGUCCCAGCACUCGGAAGGUAGUGCUGCUGCCUCAAGUGCCUCGCCCGCCGAGACCCAGGCUGGUGCCGAGUCCUCCGAGGAGGCCACUCCGUCUCGUUCUGCUCAGCCGAAGGGACAGUCUACUGUCACUGCUUCUUCGGGAUCCAAGCCAUCAUCCACGGGCAGCAAUGGUGAUCCUCUGAAAAGCCUUCUCGACGGACUGACUGGAAAUCCCCUGAAGGAUCUGGGCAAUGGUCUUGAUGGUCUCUUGGGUAUCUUGAACCCGACGUUCCUGCAGGACGUCGAGUCCUUCUUCCAUCAUUUUGCGUACCUGUUUGACGACAAGACAACCGACCAGACGAAGGACUUGAUCAACACGGGACACAAGCUCCUGACCAAUGAAUUGAUCAAGGAGGUUACGGGUCUCCUGGACAACGCCAACUCAUUGUUGACACCCAGCUUCGUGAACGAAACCCAGGACCUCAUCAGCUCGAUCGGUCCUCUGGUUACCCCGGGUCUGUUCAAGAAGGUCUCUGCGUUGUUAGACCACGGAAACGACCUCUUGACCGCCGAUUUCGUCAAGGAGGUUAAGAGCUUGAUCAAAUCGCUCGGCCCGCUCGUUACGCCCGAGCUCUUCGGAGAAAUUGCCUCCUUGUUGCACAAUGGCAACAAGUUGCUGACGCCCGAUUUCGUCAAGGAAGUGCGACAACUCAUCGAGGCCGUCGGUCCUGUCUUGAGUCCUGAGCUACUGAAGGAGGUCCGCUCUCUAUUGACUAAUGCCAACGGCCUCUUGACCCAGGACUUCGUGAAGGAGGUCAAGAGUCUGAUCAAAUCGCUCGGCCCUCUCGUUACACCCGAGCUCUUCGGAGAAAUUGCCUCGUUGCUGCACAAUGGUAACAAGUUGUUGACGCCUCACUUCGUGAGCGAGGUCAAGAGCUUGAUCGAUUCGAUCGGACCGCUCAUCAAACCUGAACUCUUCAAGGAGAUCAACUCGCUGCUGGGCAAUGCCAACACGCUCCUGACGCCUAACUUCGUGAAGGAGGUCAAGAGCCUGAUCAAAUCGCUUGGCCCGCUUGUUACACCUGAGCUCUUCGGAGAGAUUGCCUCAUUACUGCACAAUGGCAACAAACUGUUGACGCCUCACUUCGUCGAUGAGGUCAAGAAAUUGAUUGAUUCGCUCGGACCACUCCUCACGCCGGGUCUCUUCAAGGAGAUCAGCUCGCUGCUUGACAACGCCAACAAGCUGCUGACACCCCACUUCGUGGAUGAAAUCAAGAACUUGAUCAACUCGCUCGCACCGCUCAUCAAACCUGAACUCUUCAAGGAGAUCAGCUCGCUGCUGAACAACGCCAACGAUCUACUGACCCAAGACUUCGUCAAGAAGAUCAAGAACUUGAUCAACUCGGUUGCUCCUAUCCUCACGCCGGAAGUCCUCGGAAAGGUGGCCGGCCUGUUGGAUAACGCCGCUGAUCUGCUGACGCGCGAAUUCGUCAAGGAGACCAAGGGCUUGAUCAAUACGGUUGCUCCUGCGGUGACUCCUCAACUGCUCAAGGAAGUCAGCAGCUUGUUGAAGAGCGCGGCUUCCUUGCUGACGCCAGGAUUCGUCGACGAGGCUCAAGGCGUCCUGGGCAAUGCCAACCACCUGCUGACACCCAAGUUCGUCAAGGAGACCCGCGGAUUGAUUGACGGCAUCGCCCCGAUUGUCACGCCUGAACUGCUCGGCCAAGUUGGCGGCCUCCUCACCAACGCCGGCAACCUCCUCACGCCCAAGUUCGUCAACGAGACGCGCGAUCUCAUCGAUGAUAUUUCUCCUGUCGUCACUCCCGAGUUGCUCGGCAAGGUCGGCGGUCUUCUGACCAACGCCGACAAGCUUCUGUCCAACAAGUUCGUCGACGAGACCAAGAGCCUGAUUGACGCCGUGUCGCCUGCCAUUACGCCCAAGCUUCUCGAGGAAGUCAGCUACCUCCUUGGUAACGGCACCCACCUGCUGACGCCUAAGUUCGUCAACGAGACCCGGGACUUGAUCAACGACGUCUCGCCUAUCAUCACGCCUGACCUGCUUGGCGAAGUCGGUGGCCUUCUGGACAACGCCCACCACUUGCUAUCCUCCAAGUUCGUCAACGAGACUCAAAUCUUGGUCGAGGAUGCUUCUGAGUUGCUUCCUGUUGUGGUCAAGAUCUUGGGUACUUUGUAA